AUGUCGAAGGGACGGGCGGGAGUUUGCGCGGCGGCGCCGCCGCCUUAUCAUUUAUCGGCCCUUAUCUGUUAUCAGACAUCGCGAAACCGAUCGGGUUACAGUUAAUUCAGUGCAAAUCCAAUUCCCGAUCAUGUACUAUAAAGUGUUGUUUUGUGUUUUUAUUGGAUAUGUUUUCUGUCAAGUUCCAGUACUGCAGCAACAAGAGCUGGCGAAGAAGCUGGUGUGUAUUGAACAUGACCAGUGCGGGCCUUGUCUGUCAGCCGCAUCACACUGUCGAUGGUGCGCUGACCCCUACUAUCCCACCACUGCGCCACGGUGCAAUGAUGAUGAAAGUUUGGUAGCCUUUGGUUGCGGCCAAGGUACGAUAGAGCGUCCUGAAAAGCCAGUUUGGGAGGUGGUUGAGAACAGCAGUUUGCAAGACAUGCUGCCAGACGGCUUGGUUGCUGUACAACUACAGCCGCAGCGGAUAAAGCUUUCUUUAAAAGCACGUGAAACAAAAAAAAUCAAGUUCCAAUACCGGCCAGCAAAGAACUAUCCUUUGGAUUUGUAUUACUUGAUGGAUCUCACGUGGUCCAUGAAGGAUGAUAAGAAAACCCUUGUGUCAUUAAGAGACGAUCUUCCUGAGAUGCUGAAGAAUUUAACCGAUAACUUUAGAUUGGGUUUUGGAAGCUUCGCUGAGAAGCCAAUUAUGCCGUUCAUCAGUGUAGACUCGGGGCGACGCGCAAACCCCUGCACGGUAGAGGAAGAAGCCUGUGAACCCACCUAUAGUUACAAACAUCACCUGUCUCUUACUAACCAGGUGAACGAUUUCAUAGAAAGCGUGAACAGUAGUUCGGUAACGGCGAAUUUAGACAACGCUGAGGCCCAACUUGACGCUUUGGUACAAGCAAUUACUUGUGGGAACCGUAUUGGCUGGAGCCUGCGGAGUCGCAAGAUUAUAAUCCUAUUGUCUGACGGAUUGCUUCAUACCGCCGGAGAUGGGAAGUUAGGUGGCGCCUCCCUGAAAAAUGACGAGACAUGUCACUUAGAUGAAAAUGGCUACUAUGCAGAAGCAGACAAAUACGACUAUCCCUCCAUUGCACAAGUGUACAGACUCCUAGAUAAAUAUAAGGUUAACGUAAUCUUCGCUGUGACAGAAAGCGUCAAAGACCAUUAUGACAGUUUGCACCAACUGCUCAGCGAUUUCACAUACAUCGCCAAAUUGGAAAGUGAUAGUUCCAACAUUCUCAAAUUGGUAAAAAUGGGUUACGAAGACAUUGUCAGCGUUGUCAACUUCGAAGAUGAUAGCUCGGGGCCUGUCAAGGUCAAAUAUUUCACCGAUUGCGGAGUGAAAGGUGGCUCGUUAAUCGAGACCCAUCGUUGCACUGGUGUCGAAUAUGGGAUGACACUGAACUUUGAAGCUCAUGUUACAUUGGACUCUUGUUCUGAAUUCAAAAAGACGCAACAAAUAAUAAGCAUAUCGGAAAGUCAGCUGGGCCAAGACACCCUGACUCUAGAGGUGAAUAUCCAGUGUGGUUGCUCCUGCGAAAGUGAUUUGAUCAAGGAUAUGUCUUUAUCUUGUCCAAAUCAUUCACACCUUGUAUGUGGAGUUUGUCAAUGCAAUAAAGGAUGGUCUGGUCCUAAGUGCGACUGUUCAAUAGAAGAUGAGGCAGCCUCUGCAGCUCUACUCUCGCAGUGCAGAGAACCGAACUCCACUCGACUGCUGACGUGUUCCGGGGCUGGUGAUUGCCUUUGCGGAAAGUGCGAAUGCGAUAGAGGCUUCAGCGGGAAGUAUUGUCAGUGUAAAGAUUGUGAAAUUAGCAGAUCAAACGGAAUGGAGUGCGGUGGUGUCGGACAUGGUGUUUGUGUGUGCGGCCUAUGUGCGUGUGAGGCCGGGUGGACUGGGGAAGCCUGUGAUUGUACUGAUGAUGUUGACGCCUGUAUUGCUCCUGGAGAGGAAGAAAUUUGCUCUGGACAUGGGGACUGUGUUUGUGGCAAAUGUGAAUGUGCUUCGACGAUAGAAGGGAUGCGCUAUACAGGGCCGUUUUGUGAAACGUGUGCCACUUGUGAGAAUCCUCUAUGCGCAAACGCAGAACUCUGUGUAUUAUGUAACCUUAACAACAAUUGUAAUGAAACUUGUACUGUUGGUGGUCUAAACUAUACUGUUAGCCAAAGAUUGAACGAGGACGCAGGAAUAAAUGACAUACCUUGCAUACUGCGUCGGGAGGAGGAUGGUUUGGAGUGCGAAUACAAAUACACAUACAAUGCCGCAGAGCAGGCAAUGAUAUCUAUGGAAAUAAUCAUCCGAUCUAAAAUAUGUUCGCAGCCUACAACAGCUAAGAUCAUGAUGAGUGCCAUUAUAACUAUGGCAUGUGUGAUACUCGGCGGGAUAAUUAUUAUUUUAGCUGUAAAAAGCGCGCAAAUUGUGUCCGAUCGUAGGGCGUACGCAAAAUUUGUACAGGAAGCGCAAGAGAGCAGAAAGAACAUGCAAGAAUUGAAUCCUCUGUAUAUUUCGCCUAUAUCAAAGUUUACGUUACCAGAAUCUUAUCCGAGGGAUAGGAAUGAUUAGGAUUUAAUAGUCAUAAGUUAUUUUAAGUGAAUUACAAACUAGGUAAGCAGAUUUACUGCAAUUUAUCCCCCCACCU